CAUAGGGGCGGGACUUGUGUCUGACGCGAAAGGUUUUUUCGGUCUGUGCGCAGCUGCUUCAGUUGUAGUUUUUCUACGUGUUUUAAGAGAAAAAGUGAAUGAAGACAUCAGACAGAGAACAGAAGUCCUCCUCCUCGGUUUAGGUCCAGCCUCACCCUCUCUCAGAUCAUCUCCAUCAUCCUCCAGCUCAGAUGUCGACUCCAGAUGCAGCAGGGACUCCAGGAGCUCCCGGGGCCCCGGAAGGUGAGGGGGGUCCUCCAGCUCAGGCCCCAAACCUGACGAGCAACAGACGACUCCAGCAGACACAGGCACAGGUGGACGAGGUGGUGGACAUCAUGCGUGUGAAUGUGGACAAAGUCCUGGAGAGAGAUCAGAAGCUGUCGGAGCUGGACGACCGCGCCGACGCCCUGCAGGCCGGAGCCUCGCAGUUCGAGAGCAGCGCUGCCAAACUCAAGAACAAGUACUGGUGGAAAAAUUGCAAGAUGAUGAUCAUCAUGGCCAUUGUAGGUGUUAUAUUUGUUGGCGUCAUUUUCUUGUAUUUCUUCUACUGAGCUGCUCUUCGGGGAUGGACGAACAAGUCACAGGACGAGUCUGCACCACGAACGCCAAAUCCAGCCUCUCCUCAGUGCUCCUCCACCCCAGCGAUGCCUUCCUCCAAAGCCUCCAUGCAUGCUCACGUAAUGUGCUCCACUACCUCCUUAUUGUGCCUCCGCAUGAGGCCGGUUUCCUGACUUUGUUACCGGGUUGGGUUUACUGCAGGUGUAAAAUCUGUUGACCCAGGUCUGUCCUUUAAACACUGAAACAAAAAGAAAAAACCUCCUGCUGCGCCUGGUUUUUCUGCAGCUCAGUGCAUGCAAGAUUCAUGGACAGGAAGCAGUGGGAGGUUUACUGGACACCAGUAAGAGCUGAAGUCGAAUAGUCAGCUGGCUUCUCUUCAGAGGGCUUCUGAGUGACCCAGAGGGAUGUGAGCAGCAUCCAAAAGAGCUGUUUGAGUUCCUUAAAUACAAAGGAAAAGAGCAUCAGUGCUUCCUUUAUUACAUCCUUUAGCAGAGGAUACACUGGAGCAGUGCCAUCCCAUAAUUCACAGCAUUGCAGACUAAUCUUGAAAUAAAAUGAGCUUUCCGUGUUAUACUAAAAAUCUCUACAAAGUUAGGCUUUGUGCUUUAAAUAUAAAAUCAUCUCUGCAUGAAGAUGAUCAUCUAUCCAAGUAAAUUUAAACGUACGAUAAUUCAGUUCACAUAAUGCAGCCUUUAGGAUUCUCAUCGUCAGUCAUGGAAAUCUUAAUAAAGGCAGGAGUGACACUGGAUCGCCAGAUCAGCAGGAAGGGAAAUUAGAGAUAUUCAUCUUUUCUGUAAAGUUACAGCUUUGUAAAGACGAAAGCCUGCAUCGAACUUUGUUAUCAGGCUUGAAACCCAUCGUCUCUGUCAGGCUUUGAGGUUUCGAUGAUCCACCAAUUCUGACUUUCUCGCUCUUCAUCCUAACGCUCACGCCACGAAUCCUCAUGAGUGACACUGAAAUCAGGUUUCCUACUCGAGCUUGAAACAUUUAAGCACAGCUGCUCUUUCUGUGUUAAACCUGGGUUUACAGAUUCCUGCUUGGCUCUUCUCUCGGUGCAGACCAUUACUGAGCAGAAAUCUGACUUCCUGCGUGAUUAACCCACCUGCUCGCGUGCCCAGCUCCGUCCGGCUGUCCUGCAUUUGUUUCAUCGUGUUGUGAACCAGCCUGAGUUUUGUUAUCUGUGGUUUGAAUGUUCAACGUGUUUCUUUGUUCAGCCUGGAUCGGUCCCCUGUGUGUGAAGGAGCUUUGAGGCUGAAGUGAUUAUUUAACCUUUGAAAUAUAUUAGUCCAUCUUAGACCGAAUGGUGGAAGGUGGGAGUCGCUCAUCAUCAUCAUCGUCAGUGUUUCUUCUGUACUUUGACACGCUCAGAGAGAACAGCCUGGACUUUCAAAUAAAGUCAUGUUUGCUACA